UCCAACUGGAAUGAAGGCAAAGUCUGGCUUGACUCUGCACACGAGUGCACAUAAUAAAAUAAAGAAAAAAAUGUUGUAAAAUUAAUCACUUAUCAAAUUACAUAACAUAUAUUAUUAUUAGAUGGGGUCCCACCCUGUAACACUGCAGAACAGGAGACUAAUAAUGUAAUAUGGUCAGUUAAGAAUCACAAAAUAUUAAGAUGCAUUAGGAAAACAUCAUAGAGAAAAAAGGUACAGUGAUGAGACUUGGCUGAAGAUGCCUUAAUUAAUUAGUUGUUACUGGGAUGCAGAAACCAUGUUAGCUGAGGCAAGGGGAAGCUGCUCCAGCGUUGGGAAAAAACGAAAACUAUCAAGCAUUCAGAAAGCAAAGGAAGAAGUCAAGAGGAUGAAGGCGGAAGUUAAGGAGAAGAGAGAAGAAACAGAUCAAAUGCAACAACAGCUAAUGGCAGAAACAGCGAAAAUGGAAGCUGCCGCAGAAAGAUUUGAAUCGGAGCUUGCUCAUGGUUGGGCUGAGAAUGAGUUGAUGAUGGAGCAAAACCUACAAGACCAAUAUCUUCUGAUGCUCUGCUGGGGAUAUAUUUCUUAGAUGCAGAUGAUGGUCCUGUGUAUUGAGAUGUUGCCUUAGCGAAACAGAAAUAGAUAGAGAAAUAUUAUGGCUGGGGAGUAUAUUGAUUAAAAUAAAAGUUACUGUUUCGUUGUUUAUUUAGCCCCAUGUAUGUUUGUUUGUCUUAAUUCCUUUAAUUUACUUUGUUCAUUGCUUGUUUUCUAUAUGACAAUUUCUUUCAUGAUUAAAAUCCCUCUUGCUUC